AUGUUUCUUUUCUAUCAGCGGGGUCUAAGAUAUUUUGACCCUCCAGAUAGUAGUUGGGGAGCAUGCUAUAAUUGUGGCGAGGAAGGUCAUGCUGCUGUAAACUGUACAGAAGCGAAGCGGAUGAAACCGUGCUAUGUAUGUGGUGGUUUGGGACACGUUGCAAAGCAAUGUACUAAGACGAAUUGCUAUAUCUGUAAGAAAGGUGGCCACCGUGCCAAAGAUUGUCCAGAGAAGCACAUGUCGGCACGUGUUCCUAAAAGCUUAACGGUGUGCUUGAAGUGUGGGAAUUCUGGGCAUGAUAUGUUUUCAUGCAGGAAUGAUUAUUCACCGGAUGAUCUCAAGGAGAUUCAAUGUUAUCUCUGCAAGACAUUUGGCCAUUUGUGCUGUGUCAAUACUGCUGAUGCAAUACUGGGAGAAAUUUCUUGUUACAAAUGUGGUCAGAUGGGUCAUACUGGUUUGAUCAAUAAAAGUGUUCCGAUCUCAAAGACAAGCUCGAGUACCACGUACUAAAUCCAGCAACAUUACGUGGAUAAAAGUGCAGUGUCCUCUACAGCGCAACGGUAUCGAUUGCGGAUACUUUGUAAUGAGGUUUAUGAGGGAAAUCAUUAAUAUGAAUCAAAUAGAGAUUCCAAUCACGUACUUUGAUGAAUACAAGUGUGCUCAUUACACGAGACUGCAGUUGGAACAAAUCAAGGAGGAAUUGUGUCAAUAUUUUAUUGAGAAAAGAUUAAUUAGUAUAUAAUGGUUUCAAAAU